GUAAAGCCAGUAAAGUCUCAAGUCUCCAAGAUCCUAUAGUCAGAGUGUGGCUAGCUCAGACGAUCUUGAAAAUUUUCAUAUUCAUAAUAGAUACAGUUUUUGUUGAGUGACGAGUUGUAGUUCAUCAUCUUUGUGGUUUUUGCGAGCUCUUUUGGUACUUCUCCGCUGAACUGAACUAAACGUGCUGCAUGUGAAGAUUUUGAACACGAAUCGCGAUAUAAAUAAAAUCCAUGGUUGGUACAGGAGGUUUUCCAUUCAAUGUUUGAAAGUUGUCUAGGUGAUGUGAGAUCGGUUAGUGGUGCGACCGUGCUUCAAGUGUUGGAUAGACCAGUCUUAGAAUGUUAAGAUCAAACUGUUUUGGCGACAGUUGACUGCGAUUAGCGCGAUAUCCACUAAAAGUAUCUAUCCCGCGGUUGUGAAUUAAAUUGUGCGUAGCCACCGAUUGACUGACUAUCUUUCUUGAGCCACUGCAGAGAGACUAAUUGGGUUAAUUUGUUGCCGAUCAUGCCUGGUUAAUGAUAGUUACUUGAAAUAUUAUGUCCGGUUCUUGCGUCAGUUUUGUGUAUGUACAAUGUUUUCAACAAAUUGUGAUUUAUUUGAAUGCAAUUUUUUAUGUCAGUAACAGUUUAGCGACCAGAUCAAACCACGGUGGCCUAAUAUAAAUCAAAUGAGGUGUGUUAAAGCUAUCAAGUUCUUACUUCCGUCAUAGUAAUUAUAAAGUUGUUGGUAGUGAUUUAAACGAAAUAGAGACGGAGAUUUUCUAUGUUAACAUAAAAAAGUUUGAAAUAAAAUACAAAAGAAAGGAAAGUUGUGUGUUUAAGGUCACGAAAAUAUAACUGGGUAGUGUUUUUGCGGCGGAAACAAGUCGCAUUCAGAGUGCUUUUUGGAGUACAAUAGAUUGACCGACUUUUCUUUUUUAUCUAAUUAUGUUAAGAUAAUUUUUGUGAAUAUUUAUUAUUUGACAAAGAAUUAUUCUUCAAAAGUGGUUUGUGUUGUGUUAGUGCGGUAAUCCUCCUUAGUGACUUGAAAUAUGACAGACAACAUCAGCCGAAGUUACCUCUGGCUAACAUCAUUUAGUGUAUUCACUUUUUUAACAGCUUGUAGGUUAGCUGCAGGCUUUGAAAUCCGAAUAAAAUGCACACAUAUGGAUGACUACUACUAUGCGAAACCAGCUAGCCAUUGUACUACAUAUUACAGAUGCAAUCAUGGACGAAUUGAAAUACAUGAAUGUGGUCCAGGAUCAAUAUUUGAUUUCUAUAAGCAAUCAUGUACAAGAAAUUCAGGUGUCUGCUAUGAGCCAGUUUGCACAGGCCGAACAAAUGGAGUUUACCAGGAUACAACUCACGCCUGUCGAAGAUCAUUUGCAUGUCAUGCUGGCCGUAUAGUGGCCAUCGAUAAUUGCCCUCCGUAUCACAUGCACAAUGGCCAUCAAUGCGUUCAACAAAACAAUGUAAUGUGCGAACAUCCACAGACCACCGCCAUAGCCUACCCAUAUACGGGUGAUCAGAGAUGUGCAAGAAAGGAAGAUGGAAGCUACGGAAUCGAUGAUUGCAGUCGGUACAUCAUCUGCAGAAAUGGUGAAGUCAUUGAUAUCAGAAGUUGCUUUGAUGGAUAUAAAUUCAAAAAUGAGGUGAAGCAGUGUGUCCUAGCAAACCAGGUGCCUACAUGCCCAAGUGAUAAUGCUUCGAAGGACUAUUUGUGUCGACACAAAAAUGACGGGCCUAGCGCGGAUCCCGCUUCAAAAGAUUGCUCCGAGUAUAUUGUUUGUAAGGAUCAGAAGUUUGUAUCACAGCAUGAGUGCACGGACGGUUCGAUUUUCAAUGGGGAGAUAUGUGUUCCAUCGCAGUUAUAUAAAUGUCCUGUAACAAUGGCGACUAUCGAAAACGAUAUUUGCAAAAACCAAAAGAAUGGAUUUCAUAUUAAUCCUCCCGAUGGCUGCUCUUCCUAUCGAAGGUGCACGAAUGGACGCACAGUUGAUAUCUUCCGAUGUCCUAACGGCCAAUACUUCGAUCCUGACGAGAAAAACUGUGUCGUUGAGAAGUUUCCUGAACGAAGAAAAUGCUUGGUUAUGGGAAAGACUCCCGAGUGUGUGAACGCAACCCAAGGACCACAUCAGGACCUCACUGCCAACUCGCAAUGCCAAAAAUAUUACUUCUGCAUUUAUGGAUAUCGUGUGGAGUAUAAGUGCUCGCCAGAUAAAGUGUUCAACGGGUAUAGAUGUGUUUCGAAGAGCUCAUACUCCUGCCCUUCACAGGAAUCAAAUUCUUGUACAAGUGCUCCAGACGGCUACUACACAAAUCGACAGGAAGGAUGUCGGUCGUAUUACUACUGUUCGAGUGGUCACAAAAUCAACUACCUUUGUGAGGAAGGAUACAUGUUCGAUGGAGCCAAGUGCACAAAAGCGUCACGGGGAAGCCAAUGCAGCAAGGAUUCAAUUUGUGCAGGGAAGCCAGAUGGAUACUAUGCAGACUUAGAAUCAAAUUGUCGAGACUACGUGUACUGUGUGAAUAACGACAAAGGUAACCUCCUAACGUGCCGGAAUAACAACAUUUUCAAUGGUGAGAAGUGUGUCAGUCCAGAUACCUAUACAUGUCCAAGUAAUAACAAUCACAAGGAAUUGAAUUGUGUUCCAAAAGACUGUGCUGGAGAGUGUGUCGUGGAUGGUUUCUUCCCCGACAUUGAAUCUGGUUGCAAGGACUAUUUCUUCUGCAUCGGAGGCAAGAAGUCGAUGCUUUCGUGCUCCGGAGGCCAGGUCUUCAACGGCGAGAUUUGUGUAGCUGAGGAGAAAUAUCUUUGUCCGAUAUACUGUGACUGAUGUUGAUCCUAGUACGAUUUGAAACCAUUCGAUAUAAUAUACAAUGACUCGCCAAAUGAUUUCGAGAAGUUCGUAGUCCACUAUGUGGAUAUUUAGUCAAUACAAAUGAUAUUCCCAUGAAGGCUUUACGUAGAUGUAGUUCAGUUGAUUGAAUCGCUUAAAGUAAGGCAUCCUUUUUCAUAUAUUUAUUUUAGGAUCAAAUUUUUCUUUUUCUUUUCUUAUUUGAAACAAGAUAUCAAGCAAGGAUCAGUGCAUACAUCUCCUGAGUUUAACCAAAAACUUUCGGCUACUAAAUUUCAUUCCAUUCCAUCCAAAUGUAGGCAUUUUAAAUUAUUUCUCCCUUAAUUUGAAUCCAUAAUCAUAAUAGCAAUAAAAUUCAAAGAAAAUGGAAAAAUGUGUUCAAAUAUGUUAAAGAAGGAAUAGCUUAAUAGAUGAGGUGAAUCUAAGAUGAAUAUCCAAAUAGAAUUUAGAAACAUUUAGAAUUUAGGAAUGUACCUCAGAGGAUUUGAACUUAAAUCCCAGCCAUUACUUUACUAAUUUUAACCCCUAGAGCUUUUCAUUUAUGGAACAUAAUAUUAGACAUUUUUAAGAUAUGUAGGUCAAGAUACUUCAUGAACUUUUGUUUAUGAUCCCCUAGAUUUAAUCCUUUUCGCAUUCAUAGCUAAUAAGGACGAAUACUUAAGAAAUUUAAAUUAUUUACUUGUGUGGUAGGUUUUCUAUUCCAUAUGUUAACAUAUUUUCCAUUAUUUGAUUUAUUCUAUUUAACUCAAUUAGAUACAAUUCAUUGGACGGUUUAGAUACAAUUUUUCUAUAAGUGGACAAUUAUGUACAUAGGUAUAAAUGCAUUGAAGAUGUAUGUAAAUACAGUU